CUGUCUAUCCACAGAGGCCACAGAGCCAUCAAAGAACUAAAAUAAAAACAAUACAAUGAUUGUCCUGAAUGUUUUAAGAUUUUUCGCAAUUUUCUUGCUGGCCAAUGCUGAACUAAGAAUUGAAGAGGAAACUGGAACGGGGCGCUAUGUAAUCGAAGGAAGAGUUUUUCCUUUAUCCGAUACACCAAGUUCUAACUGGCAACCAAGUACAAGGGUACAUGUAAAUGGGGGUGAAUUCAUCGGUUUCGUCAAACGAGAUGGUAGUUUUAUGGUACACAACGUACCCUCUGGUUCCUAUAUAGUUGAAAUACUAAAUCCAGAACUCACAUUUGAACCUGCAAGAGUUGAAAUCAAUUCAAAAGGCAAAUUUAGAGCUAGGAAAGUUAACCAUAUCCAAACGUCUACGGUCAAUCAAAUACCUUAUCCUCUAAAAAUUAAAGCUUUAGGCAAAACUAGAUAUUUCCAAGCCAGAGAUCAAUGGAGAAUUACCGAUUUACUAUUCAAUCCGAUGAUAAUGAUGAUGCUUUUCCCCGUACUGUUAGUGAUGGUUUUGCCAAAACUAAUGAACGAUCCAGAAACCAAAAAAGACUUGGAACAAAUACAAAAAAUGACAAAGUUUGAAGUGCCUCAAGUAGGUGAUGCAGUCAGCAACUUUUUAGCUGGCAAUACUGUUCAGUCAACAACAAAGGACAGUGGGAAAGACAAAAAAGGAGCUAAGGCUAGAAGACGACCAGUUACCAAAGAAUAAAUUUUAGUUUUUAUUUAAUACAAAUUAAAUUAUUAGUAACAAAAACAAAGUAAAUUAUUCACACUUAAUUGAAAGAAAAAUCAUCAACAUUAUCAAAAUCAUCAGCCUUGGUUUCUUCUUUUUUCACAGUUUCUAGUUGUCUCACUGGCCAUUUAUUCUGCAACGUAUCCAUGUUCAAUGCAGCAUUAGCAAUUUUUUUUUUCUUGACCAAAUAUUGUUCUAAAAUAAGCAAAAAAAUAAAUACACUAUGAAAAAUUGUUAUAAGAAAAUUGACCUUCAACAGUUUUUUCUUUAACCUUCUCAAUAAUAUCCCAGCCACUAGCAUAUUCCGAUAUUGGAGGCGCAAGAGGAACUUUUAGUUGACAAUUUUCAUUGUCCACAUUAAUUGAAUCCAAAAAAUUGUAAACAUCUUUAUUUGCGUCCACUUUUUGGGCUGUUGAAAGAGGUUGUUCGGUGUAAGUGUGGGCAAUAUCAUCUGCGUAAGGUAGCUGGCAUAGA